AUGGCCGCCACUCUGCCCAACGUUUCCGCCGACCUGAUCUGGGAGGUCGUCCGCGCCCAGAAUGCGUUCCUGGUCAACCGCAACGACGCCGGCGGUCUCCAGCUCUCCCGCGACCCCCUUAACCUGGUCAACAAGCACUCCCGCAAGUACGCCGGUUUCGUUAACGACAAGGCCAUCGGCGUUGUUCCCAACGAGAAGGGUGGUGUCAAGGUGAUCAGCAAGAACCAGAAGAACUUCAACAAGCCCUCCAAGGGUUACACCGAGGUCACCUACGGCGGCAACAAGUCUUCCCGCAAGACCUACUCCGCCGUUGCCCGCCAGGCUGCCGCCGGCGGCUACCGUGGCGACCUCCGCGAGGCCGCUGUCCAGCGCGUCUCUGCUAUCCGCCGCUCCCAGCGCGCCGUCAAGGCCACCCCCGAGAAGAAGCCCCGCGGUGUUAAGGCCAAGGCCGCCGCCGCCGCUGCCGAGGCUGAGGCAUAA